AUGAAGGCGAUUCAUAUUGUUCUGUCUCUGGAUCUCAUAAAGCUAUCCAACUUACAGCCCAGAAGAUUAUCACACCUUCAAAACUUGUUCAUGGAGCUGCAGCCUCGAAAGAUUGGGACUAAAACUCUAGGACUGUCAGAAGCACUCAAGACUAAUACGACCUUGAGCGUUUUGAGCUUGGAGAGCAACUUAAUUGGGAACGAAGGGGCUAUUGUAUUGUCAGAAUUACUCAAGGGUAACACUGCUUUGGUCAUUUUAGUCCUACUCAACUCAAUUGAGAGGGAAGGAGCUCUGGACCUUUCAGAUGUAUUGAAGACUAAUUCAACUUUGAGUACUUUGAACUUGACAAAGAAUUCAAUUGGGGAUAAAGAGGCUCUCGCAUUGUUAGAGGCGCUCGAGGCUAACACCGCUUUGAAGGCGUUGGACUUGUUUCACAGCUCAGUUGAGAAGUAA